AUGGAGGAUGAGAAAGACGCGUUUUACAUUGUCCGUAAGGGAGACAUCAUUGGUGUAUAUAGAACAUUGAGCGAAUGCCAAGACCAAUCUGGAUCAUCUGUUUCACAUCCUGCGACGAGUGUGUACAAAGGAUAUGGUUGGCCAAAAGGAGCAGAAGACUUGAUAUCGUCGUUUGGAAUUAAGAAUGCUCUCUUUUCUAUCAAUGCAAGUUAUGCCAAAGAUGAUGUUUUUGGGAAACUCAUUCCUUGUCCUGUUCAGCAACCAUCUUCUUCCCAAGGAGGGACUUUCGACAACAAACCUUUUCCGAUUAAGAGAAUGCAAGAAACAGUCAGAACAGAAAAUCUUGGAAGUGAUCAAACGGGUUUCUUUUCCUCGAGUCCUCCGCCAAAGCAUCUUAAGAUACAAAAGGACAUGGUUCCUCGGGUUAUUCCUUCCAAUAAUGAUACAAUUACCAUUGAGUUUGACGGUGCUUCAAAAGGAAACCCAGGAAAAGCUGGUGCAGGAGCUAUUCUCCGUGCUUCAGAUAAAAGUGUCCUCUUCUAUUUACGUGAAGGUGUAGGCACUGCUACAAACAACGUUGCAGAGUAUCGAGCUUUGAUUCUUGGUAUGAAGGUUGCUCUCGCGAAAGGGUUUACAAAUGUGCGCAUCGUAGGAGACUCAAUGCUUGUCUGUAUGCAGGUUCAAGAUGCAUGGAAGACCAAACACCCAAAAAUGGCUGAGCUUUGCAAACAGGCUAAAGAGCUCAAGACCCACCCAGAAUACAAUUCUGAUGCUGAUGCUCAAGCUAACCAUGCGAUCAAUCUCGCAGUAUCGAUCCCUCUUGAUCUCAUAAUAGAGAUACUCACAAGAUUGCCUUACAAGCCCCUCAUGAAGUUCAAGUGCUUAGCGAAACAGUAUUCAUCAAUCAUCCGAAGUCAAAACUUUGUCGAUUCGCACUUUUCUUAUUCCUCGAACAAGCCAGGUCUCUUGUUCUCAUACGCGACCGCGAAUAAGCUUGCACUCUACUCAGCAACAACGACUACUUGUUCAUCUACAGUCGCAAGCCAUCUUAUGACCGUGUAUGCAUUAAUGGUGUUUUGUACUAUCCAUGCCCACAACAACCGAGGUAUACUAGUGGUUAGUACUUUUGACCUCAACUCUGAGAAACUCCGACAUAUUGAACUCCCUCCUAGUCCUAGCCAUUUGUCGAUUCCGACAUUGGUAGAUUUCCAAGGGAAGCUAGCUCUUGUUGAAAACAUUACGGGAAUCAGUGUUUGGGUACUCGAGGAUGCAGAGAAACACGAAUGGUCGUCCAGGUUGUAUAACUUGCCAUGGAGUUUUAAUUACUUUAGAGGGUUUUAUGAAUACUUGCGUGUGGUUGGUAUUUGUGAGGGAGAGAUUGUUUUUGUACCAACUACAGAUAAUGUGCUUGGACUCACUACCUGGCAUUUCAACUUAGACAAGCAGACUAUCACACAAGUUGUAACCCAAAUGCCUUCCAAUCAUAAAUCUUAUCAUUACGUUUAUGCAAAUUACGUUGAUAAUCUUGUUUCAUUGUAA